AUGACAGCAUUACAGCCGUUUAGCAACGAACAAUUAAAUUUCUUUAAGUUCUCGUCCUUAGUAUUAAAUGAAUUCCCCAAAGCCUUACGGCAGACUUUUAAAACCAUGUGGGACAACACCUAUGGACAUCGCCCUGGUUUCCAGUUCUGGGAUGAUUCCACUGCAGUCAGAAAUAUGUUCGACUCUGAAGAAGCAAAAAGUGGCAAGAAGACUAAAGUUCCUGUUCUUCAGUCUUACAGCGAAUGGGAUUGUACUAACCUGUUCCAGGCUACUAUAUUUGCGCGGUCCUUUGCCCCAUUAGCCAGUACAGGCUCCUUCACCACACUAAGUGAUUUGUACGUGAAGCCCUGUGCAGUACCUCACGGUAGUUUCCACGCAUGUGUGGUCAGCCCGGGUGGAAACAUGGCUGAGACCUUUGCACUUGCGAUUGAUCAGCUUCGUCUUCUCAGAAACUCGCUUUGUCACUCCACCAGUAGUGAGAUGGACAAAGCGACGUUUGACCAGCGCGUGAAUUACGCCAGAGAUGCGUUUCAAGCCCUUGGUGUCUCGACAGCACCCAUUGACGCACUUGUCAGUUUGGCCGAGUCAGACUUUUCCACAAAUGAAAAUCGAAGAUUGGAAGCAAGAAUCCGAGGCGAGACUCGGGUGUACAUCAAAUGUCUCGAGGACUUCAGAGAAGGUCUGGAGAGUUUAAAGCAGCGAGUCGAAGCGGAUAAUGCCAGCAAAGACGACAUUACUAGGCUUGAGAAAAAGAUUGAUGAAUUGAAAGUAGGAAGAGACGAACAAGAUAACUUACCCGAAAAUUCAGGUAAGAUUUUGAGGAAUUGUUCCAGCCGAAGGCUCAGUUUACGGUUUGGACAAAUAGUAAGCAAAUUGCAAUUGCAGGACUGGUUAUUUGAGCCAGUUCCAUGCAUUUACAAAUAAACAAUAUCAAAGCCUAUUAAGUUUUCCUUUUUCAUGAGAGCCUUCAGAUUACAAGGUAAUUAAAAAAAGGAAAAGGCUUAGCCGCGGAGAGUAAACCUUUUUCCAGUUAGGUUUUAUUUGCACCCACUAGUCUCCUGCAGCUCAGUGGUAGAGCACCUGUUGACUCCUGUUGGGAAGUUCUCAGAUUUUUUCUGUUGAGCCGUCUACCAGACACUGCCUGAAGAACAUCUUUGUCAAGGUUUUGUUAUGUAUGUAAGCUUCCUUUAUAUAAACAGAUGAAGGAAUGGCUUUGGGUCGACCUCAUAACCAAGCUCUUUUCCUAAAUCAACCAGGUUAUAAAUAUAAAAUUUACGGAUUUGAAUUCACUACAAGAAUAUCAUUUGUACAUUGAACGACGGGUCAAAAUUGACUUAUUCAUCUAUUUAUUUUUGAAGAUUUCUUUUACACUUUUGGUCUUUUCUUAUCAUAAAAGGUACGAGCCCAUCGCUCUCAAGAGCCUACCUUCCUUCAAUGGUUCCCAAUUUCACUGGGCGACAGAGCGAAGUUGAAGAGAUCAUCGGACAUGUCACUUCCGAAUCCACCCGACUUGUGUCUAUCUGGGGUUCACCUGGAUUCGGAAAAACGUCGGUUGCAAUUUCAGUGGGACACGCUCUUCAGACUCAAGGGCUGCUUGUGUACUGGGUUUCAUUGAGAGGACUUCAGUCAAAGGCGGGUCUGACUUCAAAGAUUCUUAGUCUUCUAACGCAGCCAACCAUUCAAGAUAAAAAACCGUCCGAUCAGCAUCUAUCCCUAGAUGAUGAGAUUUGUCAACUACUCAGUGAAAUAUCAAAACAAUCUGUAUUUAUCCUAGAUAAUGCUGAUGAUUUGUUAGAAAGUGGUCGACCAAAAGUGAAGGAAGAGGUCAUGCAACUUCUUGAAGAAAUUCUGAGGCAAAAUCCAAGGGUGACAUUCAUUGUAACCACAAGAGAGUCCCUUGAGUUUAUGGACGUCCACUUUCAAGGCCAUCGAGGUUUAAGAAUAGGAACAUUGGGUGAAGCCUCUGCUCAAACGCUAAUUCAUGAGUUAUUUCCACAUGCGAACAUUGCAGACUGCAGCAAAAUCGCACAACUCUGCGGACAAGUUCCUUUAGCCAUGAAAUUAAUGUGUUCUUUGAUAUCUGAAGACAGUGCUUCACCGCGCCAUUUUCUGGAUAAUUUCAUGAAAUCUUCCUCAGAAAGUAUUGUUAAAAUGUUGGACAAUCUCGAUUAUCCNUUGUAACCACAAGAGAGUCCCUUGAGUUUAUGGACGUCCACUUUCAAGGCCAUCGAGGUUUAAGAAUAGGAACAUUGGGUGAAGCCUCUGCUCAAACGCUAAUUCAUGAGUUAUUUCCACAUGCGAACAUUGCAGACUGCAGCAAAAUCGCACAACUCUGCGGACAAGUUCCUUUAGCCAUGAAAUUAAUGUGUUCUUUGAUAUCUGAAGACAGUGCUUCACCGCGCCAUUUUCUGGAUAAUUUCAUGAAAUCUUCCUCAGAAAGUAUUGUUAAAAUGUUGGACAAUCUCGAUUAUCCGACCAGUCAUCGAUUAAAGUUCGUCUUUGAUUCCUCGUUCCAGAGACUUCCUGAGCAAGAACAAGAAGCACUAAUUUCUUUAAGCAUUUUCCCAGAAAAUUUCAGUACAGAGGUCGCUGCAGCCGUGUUAGGUACGAAAACCGCUUACGAAGCCAAAAGAAUGUUACAAAGUCUUCGGAGGAAGUCUCUGAUUGAUUCAAGCUCUAAACCCGGGGCUUUCACGAUGCACAAACUCUUGCAAUCAUUUUCAAGAGAGAAAGGACACACCGAUUUGAAAGAGACGAUUCUCAACGCAAAAGUUCGUUUGAAUGCAUUCUAUGUCUCACACUUUCAUAAGCUAAAUGAACAAUUUCUCACUGGGCAUUCCUUGGCUGCAUAUGUUGCAUUCUAUGAGGAUAAAGAGAGCAUUAUUCAAAGCCUAACAGAGGGAUGCUUUGAUUCCAAAACAGCUGACAGCGUCUUUCAAAUUUUGGUCAAAGGGGAGUUGUUUCUUGACUCGCUUUUUUGGAGUGACGCGAAAAUUUUUCUUCACAUAUACGACACUGCCAUAAACGCAGCCAAUCUGCAUGGGAACGAAAAAUACCACAGACAGCUACUUUCAUCAAAAGCUUUUUGUGAGGUAACCUGGGGACCAACAGGACAGACAAAUUAUCUUCUCUCUGAAGUAAAAGAAAAGCAAGCAGCAGCAUCCACUGUUUCUGACCUAGAAAAAGACAAAUGCUUGUGCUAUUUAGGAAUUUUUUACCUUACAGCAAAGGAAUCGAAGAGCGGAGUCCAGUGCUUAAAGGAGGCACUUUCGUCACUGGAAAAUUGCAAGGACCCAGAGUCGCUAAUUCUAAAGCUUCUUAUUUCUCAGAUCCUGGCUUGUUAUUAUAAGUCCAUAAAUGACUUCGACAAUGCGAGUCUUUUCUAUUGCAAAUCAGUACAUUUGUGUUCUGCAGUGGGAGAUUGGAAGCUUCUUAUUAUUCCGCCAGCGAAAAGCAAAGCAAAGGACGCCAACAAUGAAAUUCAAGUUGGACAGAAAUCAGAAACCUUGCUCAAUGAACCGCUUGAAUUCCAAUUUGCCUAUCUCUUAAGCAAAGCUACAGAGCUUUUCUCCGACGCUAAAACGAAGCAAUAUACAAGCAACUUGGUUCUUCAAAUGCUAGAGUGUGUCGAAAAAGAAGUUAUAAUUUCACUUGGCUUGCUAAAGUUCCAUAGAGCGGUGGUACAACUGUUGUGGAAGUUAAACAGUGAAGACCCUGUGAAUUCUCUUUGGUCAAGAAUCAAAUAUCUUGAAAAAACACUCGAACAAUGCCAAGAAAGUCUCCUUGCCAAUGAUGAAUAUGGCGGUAACCGUUACAGUCAAAUACAAAGUGAAACGCUUGUGAAGUGCUACAUAGACCUGAGCAAAGUUUACCAGGAAAGAAAAAAUUACUCAAAGGCACUACAGUCAAACCGGCGAGCGCUUGACAUAGCAACAAGGUUCUUUGGAGAAGAACACGAAAGCACUGCUGACAGCUACAGGCAACUCGGUAUAAUACAAAACAACAUGCAUGACUACAGCGCAGCUCUACAAUCCAAGCAGCGUGCGUUAGCUAUCCAUCUUAAACUAUUUGGAGAGGACCAUGAAAGCACUGCUGACAGCUACAGGCAACUUGGUGUAACACAAAACAACAUGCAUGACUACAGCGUAGCUCUAAAAUCCAAGCAGCAUGCAUUAGUUAUUCAUCUUAAACUAUUUGGAGAGGACCAUGAAAGCACCGCUGACAGCUACAGGGAAAUCGGUGUAACACAAAACAACAUGAAUGACUACAGCGCAGCUCUACAAUCCAAGCAGCGUGCAUUAGCUAUCCAUCUUAAACUAUUUGGAGAGGACCAUGAAAGCACUGCUGACAGCUACAGGCAACUAGGUGUAACACAAAACAACAUGCAUGACUACAGCGCAGCUCUACAAUCGAAGCAGCGUGCAUUAACUAUUCAUCUUAAACUAUUUGGAGAGGACCAUGAAAGCACUGCUGAUAGCUACAGGGAACUCGGUGCAACACAAUACAACAUGCAUGACUACAGCGCAGCUCUACAAUCUCACCAGCAUGCUUUAGCUAUCCGUAUUAAACUAUUUGGAGAAGAACAUGCAAAAACUGUUGACAGCUACAGGUGCCUAAAGUUCACUCAAAAAGCGCAACGUGAAAAAAAUAAGAAGAACAAAGGGGAAAGACCGACCUGUAGACCUUUUUGA